CAGGAUAUUAUAUGCACAGUCAACUUGCAGCACAACUGCCUCGACGCGAAAUGCAGAGACUUGUCUAUGAAGCAUCUGUGGCAGGAACAUAUCCAAACCGACCGAACGAUGAGCAUCAUGGAACACCAACCCUCACCGGAAUAUUUCCUCAACACAUGGUCCAUCCACAACUAUCAACACAUACACUCUGUUCUCCCAGAAUUCCUU